UCAGACACAAGGCAGCAGACUCCAUACACACCGUACAAAUAUCAGCUAACACAGCGCCUAAGUAAGUAAAGGCGGAAACGAAAUGUAACACACUUCACUUCUGACUACAGUCGAACCAUUUUGCGGAAUCACACCUUGAACACUGUUGUCACUAUAACUACCUUCAUUUACGAUGACCCGCACAAGACUACUUUUGCGUUCCCGUUCAGCUGUGUUGUUGACAGCUCUGCACAUGAUUGUCUUCCUCGGCGAAUACCAACAUGCAGCAGCAGUCAAGCUAUACAGAACGAGCAACUGCUGGGAGAUUCUCGAUAGUAGUGUUUUGGAUGCCACAAGUGACACCAGUGCCCCGUCUGGCCAGCCAGCCUACCGUAUCCUCAAUAAGAUUGAUGAGAACGUCUACAUCGGGGGCAAUGAAACCCUCAGGAGACGGUUCCUUGUAAACAACCAACUGGAAAUGGAGGAGAUUCAACUGGGAACAAUGGAACCCGAAGGCCUUGUCUUAACCUGUGAAGCAGUAUCUCCAACCACUAAAGAGACUGUCUGUUGGAACUUCAUACGUAUUGCAGACAAAACUAGUUCUGGUGAUCUCCUGGUGUGUGGCACUAACGCGUUUAGCAGGCAGUGUUAUCAGUGCCCACAAUCGAAUCUGAACAUGUGCACUGAAUUGUCCACAAAUUAUACCCAACUGACUGUGGUUCCUCAACAAAACAAUAUUAACGCCGAGACCGCUAUUUUCAGCAGUAAUGCUGCAGAUGUGGAUACCCUUUUUGGUGGUAGUGACAGGAAACAAACCUUCAACAGAUAUUCUGUAGAUGCAGAUUUAAGCACUGCUGACCCCAUAGAGUUUGAGCUAGAUACAGUCACUGUUGGAGAAGGGUUUAUAAAGGAUCCAACCUUUAUAGGGAGACCCUUUGAAUACACUCACGAUGACGGUAACGAGUACGUGUACCUGAUCUACCGUGAAACUGCACUGGAAUUCACCCUUGGAACCAAAGUGUACUCACGCAUAGCCAGAGUGUGCAAGAAUGAUACAGGAGGCACCGUCAACGAUAUGAAGUUUGUCACCUUCAUCAAGGCUCGUUUGGAAUGCUCCGUACCCAAUGGCGAUGAGCCAGCAUUUGAAUAUGAUUAUAUUCAGGAUGUUGUCUGGGAUGCCAAUAAUACGAGAGUAUAUGCGGUAUUCACGAAUCAAGAAAAUGGACCUGCGACGUCAGCCCUUUGCCAGUACAGGAUGGGGGAUAUCAUGAAUCUGUUCGAUAACGGUAAUUUCCAGGAACAGGAUGAAGGCAAUGUCAACGUUCUGUGGAAUGAAGUGCUUGUGCAACGGAACCCAAGGCCUGGAACGUGUGGUGCAAUACACAAGACUGACUAUCCUCCCCUGUUACACAAGUCGGUGCCCAGCUAUAAUGCCAUGGAACGAACUGGAGGAACUCAAGAUGCACCACCAGCCAAUUUUCCCAAAUCAGAUCCACCCAUACUUAACGUGGACGAUGUUCGCUUCACCAGCCUAGCUGUCGAUUUGCAAUAUUCUUCUCCAGUCUACUUUGUUGGAACAAGUGCUGGAAGUGUGAUAAAAUUUACCUCAGGAGUGUGCGACGGUAUCAACACAACAAAUGUCGUCGAAGUUUCAGGAUUAAAUGCCAACGGUCCCAUAAAUGGGCUGGAAUUGUUGAGGAGUGCGGAUUCUGCUGCCACUUUCCUGGUGGGCACAUCCGAUUUCCAAGCCUCCAUUGAAUGGCCCUUGAACACCAAAUGCCAAUCAGCACGAAAUGGAGAGCAGUGUGCGCUCAGGUACCCUUACUGUUACUUCACCAACGAAUCCGAAUGUACAAGUACAAAAGUCUCGGUCCCUCAAGACCCGCCUACAGAACUUCCUGAGGAUGUACUGACAGUGUUGCCAAACGCAAAUGUAUCGGCCUGCCUGAACGACCACGUGUACUGGUUUUGCCAUCUAGACAUUGACAACCCAGCCAUCGGUUCUACUUCAUUCACUCUUCAAUGGGAUAUAACAGAAAGUGAGGAGAUCAAGAUGACACCUAUAUCAACUAAUCAACUGGUACGAUUGGACGUUAUUGUGCAGAGCGGCACCGUAGGGAGCUACAGCUGCACGGCGAAUGUUGGAGGCAGAGUGGUGACUAAACAAGUUGAACUCUCUAUGAAAACGGACUGCUUAACACGUGACAAUCUGUGUGCACGCAUGGAAGAGUAUAACACUCUGAAAUCGCAGAAUGAGGCUUUGCACGAGAUGUAUGGCAACGGAAAUGAAAUGUGUUCUGUAAAACGCCAGGAUUGCGCAACUGUGGACUUAACAUGUCCAACAUCGCCAUAAUAACUUUUUCUUCAACAUUGUGCAUUUAUAAAUGUAUGAAGGUUGGCAUGUUUAUUUGUUUUCUUUAAUUUUAAGUUUAUUCGCAAACACAAUCGUUGGGAAUAAUCCAGAACUGCAACAACAAAAAGAUCAGUUUUUUUGGAGCUGCUUGUACAUAAAUUGGCCAAGCGCAGAAAAUGAUUUGUUUUGAUUGAUAAAAACAUGCACAAUUUCACAAUAAGCUGCAACUUGUGGUAGGCUAUUUUUUUCAUUUUUUUGCUUGGGCAUUUGGUCUAGUACUACAUUUGUGUAUAUACUAAACUUUCAGUUUUUGCUUGGGUAUUUGGUCUAUUGGAAAGUCUUCAGUACAGUCAAUUCUAUAUUAGUACUAUAUACUAAACUUUUCAGUUUUUGCUGGGGUAUUUGGUCUGUUGGAAAGUCUUAAGUACAGUCAAUGCUAUAGUCGUACUAAACUAUAGUCGGAUGUAUCGUAUAUUUGCAUAAAUUUCCUACGCAGAGAACGCAGCUUCUACGCAAAGGUUGAUUGCAUAAAUGCAUUAACCGUCACCUUCCAUGAUACACCGAAUUCUAUUAUCUAAUUUGUUGGCGAUUGUAUUUUGAUUUUGUUGAUUUGAUUUUGAUAGCUUUUGUAUUCUUGUACAGCCCUUAUUUACUUCAAUGCAACUUGAUUAGUUUAUUCAAAAACCUCUGCCAUUUACCUUUUAAUAUUUCUUUGAAUUACUUACUGCAUGUGUCGUCACUUGCUGGCCAAAGGGUUACAGACAAGUAAAAGGAACGUUUAACUUAGAAUACUGUUAACAAUAUUCUGUUGAAUUAAUCUGUUUUAUUGACCUAUCGCCAUUUGCAAGUUGGCCACGCCCCUUAAAAAGACAACCCUGUGGAAUUUGUGUACACUAGAUUGUGUUUGUCUAUUAUGUUGGGCGUUCCGCGUUCAUUUGUAGCGUAUGCUGUGGUGGACAAGCCAUGUUGAGUGGAAAAUGCAGCAGUGAGCGACCUCGUUCCUCAUGGGUACGAUCUUGCUGCGCCAUGUUGUUUCCCAUCAUGCCUUGCGCGAUAACGCGCACGCGCCCAUGGAGUCGAGGCUGAGCCGUGAGUGUCGGUAUAGAGAGGCGUUAGUGACGUAAUUGGGCUACGCUGUGAUUGCAUGCAUCUAGAUGCACGCAGAAACCCAAGUGAAGAGUCCCACCGCACUCGUCAUCAUGUCACAAUGGUGUGAGGCUAUUGCAGCACAAUCCUAAUCAUUGUAGAAAUAAUGUGGUUGCCCUUGACCAAGGAGCGACCAUUGUGCCUCCCAUGUCUUGGCAAGCUGACUUUGCGUCAUCCCGAGUUUGCUUUCGAAGAGUGAAGCGAUAUCGGGCGUUCUGGAACAAUUGUUGCGCGCAAGAGCAGUGUGUCGGGAGAGGCAGGAACCUGACCCAAACUGACCAUUGCUAUACAUUAACAGCUGAAGUCAAUGAUAGAUGGCAAAAAUAACUGACUGAAAAAUGUUGACGUAAGUAAACAAAGUAGUGAAAUCAGCCCCACGCUUGCUCCCCUUCGUUUGCAUGAGUGUUAUAAAAAAACUUUCGUAUUACAAUCUUUAGGAAAAGGUGUUGCAAUACAAUCAUCAAUAAUAUGUUAUCGUGACAGAAUGUAAUGGAUUACAUGUACGUGUACAUAAAUUACGGCGCCUUACACACUUACGUUGCCAUAAGGGAUUGCUGAAAGUCUUUGUUUUUCUUUAGCAACUUUGCUUUGAAUAAUAUAACAUUUUAUAUAAAUAUGAAAAUAUUCAUCCUUCGAUUUUCUAUACUCUUUUGAUUCUUGCUUUAUAUAUUUAAAACACGGGUAUCAUAGGUAUUAAAUUACUACCCUCAGGUCUUAGAUCAAGAUUCGUUAAACAAUAAAUGUUGGUGUGAUAAAACUA